AGUUAAUUCACCAAAAUGAACAACCUGCACAGUGGACCCCACAUUACUAACGCGUUACAUAAAAAAGUGGCCAAAACAAAGGUUUCACUUCCUCCCCUGGCCGCUCUCUGCUUUUCGUUCCCUCCCUCAGAUACGCUCUCAAUCAAAUCGAAAUCAAAUCUAUUAUAAUAAUUUAUGGAAAAAUCUUCGAAUCAAUUUAAAUUAAAUCUGAGUUGAUUUUUUUUUUCAUUGAAACGGAAAAUUUAGAAUAUGGAAACAACGACAGUGUUGACGGAGGCGGGUGGUGACGGAGGACAUGAGAAAGAAUUGUCCGAUGGCUGCAGCAACGACAACAACAACAGUAAUAAUAGCAAAAAAGGCGACGCUCAUCACCAUAAGCAUAGCCGAAGCAUCAGCUGUGACGAGAAAGGGAUUUUUGAAUAUUUUGGGUGGGUUUAUCAUAUAGGACUCAACUCGAUCGGCCACGAGUAUUGCCGCCUUCGAUUUCUCUUUAUAAAGGGAAAAUAUGUUGAGAUGUAUAAAAGAGAUCCUCACGAGAACCCCGGCAUUAGACCUAUUAGGAAGGGUGUCAUAGGACCUACAAUGAUGGUGGAGGAGUUAGGGCGUCGAAAAGUCAGAAAUGGGGAUCUCUAUGUUAUACAGUUUUACAAUCGAUUGGAUGAGUCCAAGAAAGGAGAAAUUGCUUGUUCCACAGCUGGGGAAGCUCGAAAUUGGAUGGAGGCAUUUGAUCACGCCAAGCAACAGGCUGAAUAUGAGCUUUUAAGAGGAGGUAGUACCAGAAACAAAUUAAACGUGGAGGCUGAUAUUGAUUUGGAAGGCCAUCGACCUCGAGUAAGGCGGUAUGCGCAUGGUUUAAAAAAGCUUAUAAGAAUUGGACAAGGUCCGGAGAUGCUUUUACGGCAAACCUCGAACUUGGAUGGUAAUGGUACGUCUGAUGGAUACUUUAAAGGGGAGUUUGGAGAUGCAAUUGAAGCACAUGAAUGGAAAUGUGUUCGUACGGUCAAUGGUAUUAGAAUCUUUGAGGAUGUGGCUGAUUCGAAGAGUGGAAAGGGUGCUCUUGUGAAGGCUGUUGCUCUUGUAGAUGCAAGUGCAGAUACUGUUUUUGAAGUAAUCUUAAAUCUCGACCGCCAUAGGAGAUAUGAGUGGGAUAUGUUGACAGGUGACUUGGAGCUGAUAGUUUCCUAUGAUGGACACUAUGAUGUUAUCUACGGAACUUAUGAUCCAAAAUAUCUUACUCGAUGGCAAUCCAAGAGAGAUUUUGUCUUCUCUAGGCAAUGGUUUCGAGGGCAAGAUGGUGCAUACACAAUUUUGCAAUUUCCAGCUGAACAUAAGAAGCAGCCUCCAAGAUCUGGAUACCGACGUACAACUAUUAAUCCGUCUACUUGGGAGAUUAGAAGUUUAAAUGCACCCAUGGGUUCAAACACUACAAAAUGCCUUGUAACGCAGAUGUUGGAGAUUCAUACUGCUGGAUGGUGUAGGUGGAAGAAAAACAGCUGCUCCAAGUUUGAGAAGACCAUCCCAUAUGCUUUAUUAUCCCAAGUGGCAGGUUUAAAGGAAUAUAUUGGAGCAAAUCCAUCACUCAAUUUUGACUCUUCCACCAUGGUUGUCCAAUCAAAACUUUCUGAUGGUUCAACUUCCAGUGGCGAGUUUGAGGAUGUAGAACUUCAGGAUGAAUUCUAUGAUGCAAUUACUGGUGAUUCUUCUUCAUCAUCAGAAGAUGAAGAGAGCAAGGAUGAUGCAGACAAGAAGGAAAAGAAAAUUAAGCUGAAGAAUGUAUCUUGGGCCAUCUCAAGCUUAGCUUUGAAGCAAGCUUCAGCUCCAGAUGCAAAUAAAGAAUUAGAUCCUAGUGUACCUCCUGUGCAUGUUGAUGCUAGUCAAUUCAAUGGUACCCUCCACAAAGGAAAGGAUGAAGCUGACUCAAAUUGUUGGACUUCUCCUAGCGGUAGGGGAUUUAUGAUAAGAGGAAAGACUUACUUAAAAGAUAAUGCCAAGGUAAUGGGUGCAGAUCCCCUUCUCAAGCUAAUAGCUGUUGACUGGUUCAAGGUCGAUAAAGCCACAGAUAAAAUUGCAUUGCAUCCAAGGUGUCUAGUUCAGUCAGAUGCAGGAAAAACGCUUCCGUUUAUCCUUGUGAUUAAUCUCGAGGUUCCUGCAAAACCAAACUAUAGUUUGGUCCUCUAUUAUGCUGCUGAAAGGCCUGUGAAUAAAAAUUCUUUAUUGGGAAAGUUUGUGGAUGGAAUGGAUAUGUUUCGUGAUGCAAGAUUUAAACUGAUACCAAGCAUUGUUGAGGGGUAUUGGAUGGUCAAGCGUGCCGUUGGAACGAAAGCCUGCCUGCUUGGGAAAGCUGUUACCUGCAAAUAUUUCAGACAAGACAACUUUCUGGAGAUUGACGUGGAUAUUGGGUCAUCAUCAGUAGCAAGAAGUGUUAUUGGCCUUGUUCUUGGAUAUGUCACAAGCUUAGUAGUAGAUCUUGCAAUAUUAAUUGAGGCAAAGGAAGAGGCAGAAUUGCCAGAGUACAUUCUCGGCACUGUUCGACUGAAUCGUGUGCGGCUUGAAUCUGCUGUGCCGCUGGAUGUUUGACGUUUGCCACUCCUCGUAUGCCGGUUUUUACGCAUAUUGUGCUCCAAGGUUGCCAUCACUACGAGUAGGCUCCAUAUUUAAAUGUCUCAUGUGGUAUAGUGUAAGAUUAUUGAUGAGUUGGCUUCCAAAGUUUUUAUCUUUUCAGCAUGCAGUUUACUUGAUUUAAGGGGACUAGCGUUAUCCCCUCCUAUUUGGAUUUUGGGGAUGGUUACUUACCAUAAUUUGGGCACUGCAAAGCAACGAAAAACAGUAAUUGAAAGAAUCAAUUCCUGCU